AUGUCUAUUGGGAAAAGACAGGAUGAUAUUGAGAAGCAAUUGAGAGACGAAGUUUGGAAAUUCAGGAUGCAAUAUCCUUAUUACUGGGAUUUGGAUAAGAACGAGCUCGAAGUUCGGAUGAAUAAUGUCAGGUUCAUAGACGUGAGGUGGUUUGUAGAUCAUGUGGAAUGGUGGGACUGGAUCGAACCAAGUGUGUUGGCAGAUUGGAAGAAGGUCAUGGAUGGGUUGCCGAAGUGA